AUGUCCGAAUCUCCAUCUCCCAUCCCACAUUUUGAUCCGUCAACUUCGGGAAUCCCAACAGCACCUCCUUAUGGCCAUAAGAGAAGAAUGUCUCCGCGGGCCUCCAGCUCCUCCAGUGGAACACCUCAGUUCACAUUCGUAACGGGGAACAUCCAAUCAGAAGCUCGGAGCCAUGCUAUGAGGGAGCACUGGAAGCGGCGGCAUCAGCACAAUCAGGAGGCGAAGAUAUAUCACCAGAAGAGGCUAUCGCGAACUUUGCCUCUCCUCCCGAAGAGCGGCACUAAUGAAGAUGUUUCACAGACAGCAGAUGCAAUUAGCUCUCCAUGGUUGGAGCAGAACUGGGACAUGGACCUAGUCGAAAAUCAGGAGAAGCAUUCCGGAAUUCCAGCUCAGCUUUUGUAUGGUGUGAGUCAGGCAUUGUCGAGCUCGAGGCCUGAUCCAUUCCAGACGUGUCCUGUUCACUUGACGAGCCAGCAUCAGAAACUCUUGCAUCACUGGAUUGGCACCCAUGCGGCUAUGAUGUUCGAAGAUUUGGAUGUCACCGAGUUUAAUCCGAUGAGGGAUGUUUGGUUCCCACUGGACCUUUCGAAUGCUUCCUCUUUCAACUGCAUCAUGGCUCAUUCAGCUGCGCACUUAUCUCAUCUAUACGCUGGUACUCUUCCUCGACGAGGCUCUAAUUCUUCUGAUGCCUUGAAAUACAAGAUCGAGGCUUUCAGGAUACUGCGCAUUUGGCUCGGGGAUCCCGAGAAGGAGCUAAGUGACGACUCUUUUGCUGCAGUUGUUCGUCUGCUCACGUUUGAGCGAUACUGGGGUACGGAGGAAGAUUGGAAAAUUCACCGUGAUGGCUUACAAAGAAUGAUCGAAGCCAAAGGUGGAGUCGAAGCGCUCCACCAUAACUGGCGUUUGGAACUUGUGGUUUACCUGUGA